AUGACUCAUAAAGACUCUCCCUUUACAGCCCCUGCUGUCCAUGUCUUUGGUCAUCAAAAGCCCAACCUAUUGGUUUCUGAAGACACAAGCAACAGCAUGCCGGCGGCACCCCAGCGCACAGCCGCCGCCCGUCGCCUUCGUCCGACCCGUCGCCACCAUCCCCAACCACCGUCACCGUCCGACCGUCGCGCACGUCCAGCUCUCCCCCGCGGAUCCCAAUCCCAGCCGGCGCUCCUCCCUAUCCUAGCCGCCGCCAUCUCCACGAACACUCCUCCUCCGCCUACCACCGUCGACCGCCAACAGCACUGUCGAUUACGUCAAUACCGUCUUCACAAUUCGCCGUCGAUGCCAUCCCUCAAUCAACUCUGCCACCGCAGCCACAGACCCGCUGGCGGUUCACCACAAAACUCGCCAUUGCCGACCUCCGCCGUCUCCCACCAUAUGUCGCUGCCGUCACUGUAUGUCUCGAGGUACGACUACAGCAUCUUGCUCAAAGGCUAUAAGAAAUCGAUAAUUCAUCGAGCAUCGACGGUCUCAGAUCUGACGGGUGGUUCCUCGGUGAGAUCCCGAUGA